AUGGGCGCGGGCCCGACCCGGACGUCGAGACGUCGCGCGGGAGGGCGGAAGCCUGCGGCGGUGGACGCUCCGGCCCCUGCCGGCAAGCGCAAGCGCCAGCGCCGCACCGACGGGCACGGCCGGCUGCUGUGCGAAUGGCACCUGGCGACCGACCCGCAGAGACUAGAUCGGACGCGCUACCGCCCGUGCAACGCGCCCGCGGUGGGGGAACUCGUCCACAGGGAGGUGGUGCUGUACGGCGUGCCCAAGAAGCGCGCGUACGCUGUCUGCGACGACCACCGGGACCUCGACCACGUGCCGGAGCCGCCGGUGCGAGUCACGGAGGCGGAGGUCGCGAAGGCGGUAACUUAUGUGUACCGCCACCACCGGUGCGAGCCGACCCGCCAGCACAUGAAGACGCUGGCGGGAACAGGCGCCACCAUCGACAUCGCACGGGCAGUGCUGCCGGCCACUCGUCGCGGCAGGCGGGCGGGCCCCAUCAGGCUGGCGGACUACGCCAAGAAGCUCGGCCUCGAGCUCCGGUACUUCGCGGAGCGGGGUGGGCUGCGCGCCGGCGCCGGCUGGGGGAACGCACCUGCCGCGCCGUUUCGCGCGCCGGAGGCGCCCGAGUCGCCCGCCCCGGAAGUCUACGACGUGGGCCUGCGUUCGCCGCUCGUGAUCUUCCCGCAGCUCAAGGAGAGCGGCGCCGAGGGGACUGCGCGCAGCGGCGUCGUGCACAAGCACUUCUCGUUGGACCUGAUCCGCCGCGUGCGGGCGCUGCAGGACCUCGGGUACGCCGUGGGGCAGCAGUUGUGGGUCGUCACGCACGAGCGCGGUCUGGAGACCGAGCUCACUCCCGAUGGGAACAACUGGCUGGACCAGCACGUAGUGAGCGGUAUGCGGGCCGAGCUGAGGCGGGACCCGACUGCGGCGGAGCGGCGGCAGGUCCAGCGCACGCUGAAGGCGCUGCAGGCUGCGGUCCGGGGGUUCCGGAAGGACAUCAUGGAGACGGUGAUCCAGCCGUACGCGGCGUGCAUCAACGCAGCUUCGUCGCAGCUGCGCCUCGAACACGUGACGGACGCGCACUUCAACGACUACCCCGAUGUCGCGGGCCACGCAGGCAUGGGCCCGCACGUCGACACCAGCGCCUGGACGAUUUGCGCCGUCCUGCCAACGCUCCCUGGUGAGGAGUGGGGCGGCUGCGAGUUCCUGUUCUCGAGCCACCGCCCCCUGCGCCCCACGCCCGGCGCGCGCGUGCAGCGGUUUCCGCUGGGCCUGAGCACGCACGGGAUGGCGCGGAGCCACCCGGGGUGUGCGGGCCUCAGCAUCGCGCCGGCCCAGGAGGCAGACGGCACCGUCACUGACGACGUCUGGGGGGCUGUGCUGCGUUCGGGGGACGUGUACUGUCAGCCGGGCAACCUCGUGCACGGCGUGGCCCACCUUCGGGAGCCUGCCAGCGACCCGGAGUCAUUCCGCACCGGCGAUGGUCGCAACCAGCUGGCGGAGGCGCCAGGCCUGCGGGGCGAUGACCACGUCGGCGAGGCAGCGGGCGGGGGGAGCCGGCCACGUCGGCAGUACCUGACGCUGUUCAUGGGCAUUCCCGUGUGUGCGGGCAAGCAGGGUCUGAUGCCCAUGAUGUGA